GCUGGAUGCUUGACUGACUGGAGUUUACAUGUAAAGCACACACACACACACACACACACACACACACACACACACACUCACUCAUCCACCCGGUGAGGCUGGCGGACGCUCAGUUGGAGCUCUGAAGAUGAAUGUGGCUCUGAUCCACGACAGACUGCACAUCAAGACGUUCUGGGAGAAGAGGAUUACCAACCAGUGUCGGCAUGCUGAGACGGAGGAGCAGAGGGUGGAGAAGAGCGCGCUCAAAAAGCUCAGGGCGGAGUGGCUGGUCCGUCUAGAGAACCGAACCAAACACCUGAAGAGCCUCAACGAGAACUACGUCAGGAAGGUGAAGAUGGAGAAGUCAGCUGACCAGACAUGAGUUCAGACAGGAAGAAGACAAACUGUCAUCCUGAAGUUCAGAGCAAUAAACC